AUGACUUCAGGCUGGCCCCUUUUGCAGAAGAUGGAAGUGGAUUACAACCCCAUGGAUUUGCCUAUUAAUGCUGUCCAUGAUCAAGAUUUGGACAGAGAUAUGGAAGGGGCAGAGGUGAAAGACAUGAGGCUGGAAGCUGAAGCCAUCGUGAAUGAUGUCUUGUUUUGCCGUCGCCAACAUGUUUGUCUCCAAAAACCUGCCAUGCGCUGUGGACAUGGCCUACAUCAAUGUGGAGAUUAAGGAGGGGACCAGAUACUGCCUUGAACUCACAGAUGCUGGAUUAAGGGUGGUUGGAUUUGCAUUUGACCAGGUUGACCCAGGAUGUCGCAGCCAGUACCAUGAAACCAUUUACUCCUUGCUGGAUUCCCUUAGCCCUGCAUAUCGCGAGGCCUUUGGCAACGCCCUGCUGCGGAGGCUGGAAGCACUAAACAGAGACAACCAGUCAUGA